CGUGAUGGAGCGUUGGAGGUCGUGGCAGUUUGCCCUCUUGUCCCUAGCAACAAUCCUCCCCUCUUAUAGUAAAAACGUGGACUCCUUCUCCUCGGACACGCUCAUCAACAACGUGGUAACAGACCCUCGAUCUGGCCGCCUCUACGUUGGCGCCGUGAACCACCUGUACCAGCUGGCCCCAGAUCUGCAGCUUGAAGCCGACACAGAAACGGGUCCGAAACGGGACAACCGGCAGUGCACGCCUCCCGUCACGGACGCCUGCGAGGAGGCGGUGGACACGGACAACCACAACAAGCUGAUCCUGGUGCAGGAGGGCAGUGACAUGCUGGUGGUGUGCGGCAGCGUCUACCGGGGAAUCUGCUCUCUGAGGAACCUGAGCGACGUGCAGCAGCUAAUCUACUUCAGCGACUCCAAGGGAGAGAAGUCGUACGUGGCGAGCGCCGAGGAGAGCGUCUCCGUGGUGGGAGUGAUGUCACACUUCACCAAAGAAAAGGAUAACUCCCCCAAAGAAAAGGAUAACUUCACCGUCUUCCUGGUUGGUAAAGGCUACGGCAGCCAUGACAGUACGAAGCUGAUUUCUACUCGGAUCCUUCAGGAUGUCGGGGACUGGGUUGUUUUCGACUCGAUCAUCGAGGCGUCGGCGGUUCAGGCGAAUCCUUUCGUUCUUCGAUAUCUUCACGACUUCCGAUUCGCCUUCAAAGAUGACGGCUUCGUCUACUUCCUGUUCUCCAGAACGCUGGGAGUCCAGGACACGAAGAACUUCACCUUCGUCUCCAGGAUGUGUGAAGACGAUCACGGAUACUACUCCUACACCGAGCUGCAGCUCAACUGUAGCCACGGCAACAAGUACAACAAGGCGCAGGCUGCGUACGUCACAGCUCCAGGAGACGCGUUGGCUCAGAAUAUGACGGCGUCGGGACAGUAUGGAAGCGUUUCAGCCUCCGACAAUGUCCUGUUCGUCACCUUCACCUCCGACGAAGACCCCUCCACCUCCGCCAUGUGCAUGUAUCCGCUGCGCUCCAUCAACAAAAGGCUGGUGGAGAUAAUCGGAGCGUGCUACAGCCACAACGGCAUCAUCAACGAAAAGGGCGCCGUAUAUUCACCGUACUCAUCCAAAUCUGAGGAGCUGUGCAGCAGCAAAAACCAUAUCAACAUGACGCUCAAGUAUGGAUGUGGAGCUGAGUUCCUGCCCUCCCCAUUGGCCAGUAAGGCGGAGUUCGCCCUGACGUCUGAUCCCCCGUUGGCUCGUAAAGGUCACAUGACCGCCGUGGCUGUAGCCGUGGAGAUGACGCACGCUGUGGCGUUCCUCGGCACCUCCACUGGAGAGGUGCUGAAGGUACAUCUGUCCGCUCACCCCGAGGUUUACGGUCGGGCGCCGGUCGACGUCACCGGGGAGAAAGUCAACAAAAACCUGCUGUUCGAUACCGGGCUGCAACACCUGUACAUCACCACGGAGAAAAAG